AUGCUGGAAAAGUGUUCCUUCUGUAAAAAAGGGGAAUGUAUCAAACCUGUAAAAGUGGAAAAAAAGCCUGGAAAAGCAGCAGCUAAGAUCAGGAUAGAAGCAGAUGGAAGCUAUUUUCAGAUCAAUCAGGACGGAGAAGCACAGAAACUGGAAAAGGCUAAAAUCACCCUGAAUGACUGUCUGGCUUGUAGUGGCUGCAUCACAUCAGCAGAGAGCAUUUUAAUCACUCAGCAGAGCCACGAAGAGCUCUGCAAAAUGCUGACUUUCAACAAGACUGCUGCUCCUGAAGAACAGAAAUUGGUGGUGGUUUCUGUUUCACCACAAUCCAGAGCUUCACUAGCUGCAAGGUGUAAAAUGGGAGUUCUGGAAACAGCAAAGAAGCUGACUGCCUUCUUAAAGAGUUUAGGGGUGCACUACGUUUUUGAUACCACUUUCUCCAGAAACUUCAGCCUGCUGGAGAGCCAAGAGGAGUUUGUAAAACGCUUCCGAAAGCGAGCUGAAGACAAGAAGGCUUUGCCAAUGCUGGCUUCUGCCUGCCCAGGCUGGAUCUGCUAUGCAGAGAAAACCCACGGCAGCUUCAUCAUUCCUUUUAUCAGCACCACCAAGUCUCCACAGCAGGUCAUGGGCUCCUUGGUCAAGGGCUAUUUUGCAGAGCAGCAGCACUUGACCCCUGAGCGGAUCUACCACGUCACGGUCAUGCCCUGCUAUGACAAGAAGCUAGAGGCUUCAAGGCCAGACUUCUUCAACCAAGAGUACCAAACUCGUGAUGUGGACUGUGUCAUCACCACAGGAGAAGUGCUAAAGCUGUUGGAGCAAGAAGGAGUCUCUCUGUCAGAUGUGGAUCCUGCUCCAUUGGAUACCAUGCUCAGCAGUGCUGCAGAAGAGGAGCUCACAAGCCACUCUGGGGGAGGUUCUGGUGGCUAUUUGGAGCACAUCUACAAGCACGCAGCCAAGGAGCUCUUUGGAAUUCAAGUGGAUACAAUUCAGUACAAACCUUUAAAAAACAAGGACUUCCAGGAGGUGACACUGGAGAAGGAUGGAGUAGUCCUGCUCCACUUUGCUUUGGCCUAUGGGUUUAGAAACAUCCAGAACUUGGUGCAGAAGCUGAAACGAGGGAAGUCUCCGUAUCACUACGUUGAAGUCAUGGCCUGCCCAUCAGGCUGUUUGAACGGAGGCGGCCAGAUCAAACUGGAGGGGGAAUCCAGCAAGGACCAGCUGCAGCAAGUGGAGAGGUUGUACCAGUCCCUUCAGGCCUCAGUGCCAGAGCAGAACCAGGCUGUCACUGAGCUCUACCAGCAGUGGCUGGGUGGUGCCAGGUCUGAAAAGGCCACGGGAGCUUUGCACACCCAGUACCACGCCGUGGAGAAACCCAGCACUGGGUUCAACAUCAAAUGGUGA